GGCCGGCUAAGAAGGCUGCUGGGCGGCGGCGGCGGCGGCGGUGGUUGCUGGCUCCGGGCAGCGGGGCGCGAGUGGCGUAGACCGGGGAGGGUCCCUGGCCGGCGCUAACCAGGACAUGGAGCCGUCCGGCGGGGGCCUGGGGCCCGGCCGCGGGACCCGGGACAAGAAGAAGGGUCGGAUCCCGGAGGAGCUGCCCGCGACGGGCGGCGACGGCGGCAAACCCAAGAAAUUUACUUUGAAGAGGCUCAUGGCAGAUGAGCUGGAGAGAUUUACCAGCAUGAGGAUUAAGAAGGAGAAGGAAAAGCCCAAUUCUUCUCACAGAAACUCGUCUGCAUCGUAUGGAGAUGACCCCACUGCACAGCCGUUGCACGACUUCUCAGAUGAGCAGGUCCUCAUCUUCUUUGAGCAGAUGCUGGUGGAUAUGAACCUGAAUGAGGAGAAACAGCAGCCUCUGAGAGAGAAGGACAUUGUCAUCAAGAGGGAGAUGGUGUCCCAGUAUUUGCACACUUCCCAGGCUGGCAUGAACCAGAAGGAGAGCUCUAGGUCUGCCAUGAUGUACAUUCAGGAUCUGAGGUCAGGCUUGCGGGAUGUGCAUCUGCUUAGUUGCCUGGAGUCCCUUCGAGUCUCUCUCAACAAUAACCCUGUCAGCUGGGUGCAGACAUUUGGUGCUGAAGGCCUAUCCUCCUUAUUGGACAUUCUUAAACGACUCCAUGAUGAGAAAGAGGAGACUUCUGGAAGCUACGACAGCCGGAACCAGCAUGAGGUUAUCCGCUGCUUGAAAGCUUUCAUGAACAACAAGUUUGGAAUCAAAACCAUGUUGGACACAGAAGAAGGAAUCCUGCUGCUGGUCAGAGCCAUGGAUCCUGCUGUUCCUAAUAUGAUGAUUGAUGCAGCUAAGCUGCUGUCUGCUCUGUGUAUCCUGCCACAGCCAGAGGACAUGAAUGAACGAGUUUUGGAGGCAAUGACAGAGAGAGCUGAAAUGGAUGAGGUGGAACGCUUCCAGCCACUGCUGGAUGGAUUAAAAAGUGGGACCCCCAUUGCACUCAAAGUGGGCUGCCUACAGCUGAUCAAUGCUCUCAUCACUCCCGCAGAAGAACUUGACUUCCGAGUUCACAUUCGAAGUGAACUGAUGCGCUUGGGGCUGCAUCAGGUGUUGCAGGAGCUUCGGGAGAUUGACAACGAUGAUAUGAGAGUACAGCUAAAUGUGUUCGAGGAACAAGGGGAGGAAGAUUUCCUUGAUCUGAAGGGACGGCUGGAAGACAUCCGCAUGGAGAUGGAUGACUUCGGUGAAGUCUUCCAGAUUCUUUUAAACACAGUGAAAGAUUCAAAGGCAGAGCCACACUUCCUGUCCAUCCUGCAGCAUCUCCUAUUGGUCCGAAAUGAUUAUGAAGCUAGGCCACAGUACUAUAAAUUGAUUGAAGAAUGUAUUUCUCAGAUAGUUCUACACAAGAAUGGAACUGAUCCUGACUUCAGGUGCCGGCACCUCCAGAUUGAUAUUGAGGGAUUGAUUGAUCAAAUGAUUGAUAAAACAAAGGUGGAAAAAUCAGAGGCCAAAGCUACAGAGCUGGAGAAAAAGUUGGACUCAGAGUUGACAGCCCGGCAUGAAUUACAAGUAGAAAUGAAGAAGAUGGAAAAUGACUUUGAGCAGAAACUUCAGGAUCUUCAAGGAGAAAAGGAUGCACUGGACUCUGAAAAGCAGCAGAUUGCAACAGAAAAGCAAGAUCUGGAAGCGGAGGUGUCCAAGCUGACAGGAGAGGUUGCCAAGCUGUCAAAAGAACUAGAAGAUGCCAAGAAGGAAAUGGCUUCUCUCUCUGCUGUGGUUGUUGCUCCUCCUGUUUCUAGCAGUGCUACUGUUCCCCCUGCCCCUCCUUUGCCCGGUGACCAUGGCACUGUUAUUCCCCCUCCCCCACCCCCACCCCCACCUCCUCUUCCUGGAGGUAUCAUUCCACCCCCUCCCCCUCUUCCGUUUGCAGGUACUAGCAUCCCCCCACCUCCUCCUUUGCCUGGAGGUGCUGCUGUACCCCCUCCCCCUCCUUUGCCUGGGGCUGCCAUCCCCCAACCUCCUCCUCUGCCUGGAGGUGCUGCUGUGCCCCCUCCCCCUCCCUUGCCUGGGGCUGCCAUCCCCCCACCUCCUCCUCUGCCUGGAGGUGCUGGUAUACCCCCUCCCCCUCCCUUGCCUGGAAGUGUUGGCGUUCCCCCACCUCCUCCUCUGCCUGGAGGUGCUGCUGUACCCCCACCCCCUCCCUUGCCUGGAGGACCUGGACUGCCUCCUCCCCCUCCCCCUUUUCCUGGAGGCCCUGGCAUUCCUCCACCUCCACCUGGAAUGGGCGUGCCUCCACCUCCCCCCUUUGGAUUUGGGGUUCCUGCAGCCCCAGUUCUGCCAUUUGGAUUAACCCCUAAAAAAGUUUAUAAGCCAGAGGUGCAGCUCCGGAGGCCAAACUGGUCCAAGUUUGUGGCUGAGGACCUUUCCCAGGACUGCUUCUGGACAAAGGUGAAGGAGGACCGCUUUGAGAACAACGAACUUUUUGCCAAACUUACCCUUGCCUUCUCUGCCCAGACCAAGACUUCCAAAGCCAAGAAGGAUCAAGAAGGUGGAGAAGAAAAGAAAUCUGUGCAAAAGAAAAAAGUAAAAGAGCUAAAAGUGUUGGACUCAAAGACAGCCCAGAAUCUCUCAAUCUUUUUGGGUUCCUUCCGCAUGCCCUAUCAAGAGAUCAAGAACGUUAUCCUGGAGGUGAAUGAGGCUGUUCUCACUGAAUCUAUGAUCCAGAACCUCAUUAAACAGAUGCCAGAACCAGAGCAGUUAAAAAUGCUUUCUGAACUGAAGGAUGAGUAUGAUGAUCUGGCUGAAUCAGAGCAGUUUGGCGUGGUGAUGGGCACAGUGCCCCGUCUUCGGCCUCGCCUCAAUGCCAUUCUCUUCAAGCUGCAAUUCAGUGAGCAAGUUGAGAAUAUCAAGCCCGAGAUCGUGUCUGUCACUGCUGCAUGUGAGGAGCUGCGAAAGAGCAAGAGCUUCUCCAGCCUCCUGGAGAUCACACUGCUCGUUGGAAACUAUAUGAACGCUGGCUCCCGGAAUGCUGGUGCUUUUGGCUUCAAUAUCAGCUUCCUCUGUAAGCUCCGAGACACCAAGUCCACAGAUCAGAAGAUGACUUUGUUGCAUUUCUUGGCUGAGUUAUGUGAGAAUGACUACCCCGAUGUCCUCAAGUUUCCUGAUGAGCUUGCCCACGUAGAGAAAGCCAGCCGAGUUUCUGCUGAGAACUUGCAGAAGAACUUAGAUCAGAUGAAGAAACAGAUUGCUGAUGUGGAACGUGAUGUUCAGAAUUUCCCAGCUGCCACAGACGAAAAGGACAAGUUUGUUGAGAAAAUGACUAGCUUUGUGAAGGAUGCACAGGAACAGUAUAACAAGCUACGGAUGAUGCACUCCAACAUGGAGACGCUAUAUAAGGAGCUGGGUGACUACUUCGUCUUUGACCCGAAGAAGUUGUCUGUGGAAGAAUUCUUUAUGGACCUGCACAACUUUAGAAAUAUGUUUUUGCAAGCAGUCAAGGAGAAUCAGAAGCGCCGGGAAACAGAAGAAAAGAUGCGGAGAGCAAAACUAGCCAAGGAGAAGGCCGAGAAGGAGCGGCUGGAGAAGCAGCAGAAGCGGGAGCAGCUCAUAGACAUGAACGCAGAGGGAGAUGAGACAGGUGUGAUGGACAGUCUUCUAGAAGCUCUGCAGUCAGGGGCAGCAUUCCGACGAAAGAGAGGGCCCCGUCAAGACAACUCUUUGUGCCCUUGGGAGGAAGAGGAGGAGCAGGAGGAGGAAACCUCUAAGUUGUCAACAGGAAAGCUGGGUGUGCAGUCACAUCUCUGCUAGCCUCGGAGCUGACCAAGGAUGAUGCCAUGGCUGCCAGUCCUGCCAAGGUGCCCAAGAAAAGUGAAGGAGUCCCCACAAUCCUUGAGGAAGCCAAGGAGCUGGUUGGCCGUGCAAGCUAAGCUGGGCUCUGUGGCCAUUGCUGCUCCUGAGUGAAGCCUCGACUGUCCACCUGCAGCAUGUGCCUAAAUGGUCCAGGGGGUAUCCCUCUGCAGUGGCCACUCCACCACCUGACCCUGUCUGUCUGUCUGGCCUGCUGCUCUCUGAACAUCACAUACAGCUUCAGCUCCUGGAGGCCAGAAGGAAAGGGCAGUGGAGGGUGGCCUCAGCCCGGCCCAGCCAUCCCUGGCUGUGGUAUUACCAAAGCAGGGUCCGUGUUUGCUGCCUUAACCCUGUCUCCUCCAUGUUAUCCAGAGGCCCUGGUCUCAGACAGAACCCAGCCUGCUUUCUCAGCCCCACUUUCCAGUGGGCCUUCCCCUAGGUCAGUCACUCGUGCUGGAUUUGUGCUUUUCUUUCGUGGUGUCUCUGGCCCUGAAAAUAGCAUGGGACUUGUGACCCUCUGGGCUACACCCCUUCUCUGCUGUCACCUCUGCUUUUCCUCCUGGCAGUUAUUUAUUACUAGUGCCGUGGCACUGGGAGCCGCUUCUGCAAAAGCAGGCAGCAGCUCCCACCCUUCCCCCCGCUUUCCUGGGAAGGGUCUCCCAGGCCAAGGGUCUCAACCACUCUCCUCUUCCCAAACUGUGGCCCAGGUCUGAGCCAUAGGCAGGUAGCUAGGGCGUAGCGACAGUGUGGGGCCCGCCCCCUGCCCACUGCCAUGCUUAUGCCCUGGCCUCCCUGGACCCUCUGCACCAGCUCCCCGCAUCUCCACCCUGCAACUGAGCCCCCCUCCCCCAUGCCUUCCCCAGAGCUUUGGUGCAUCUCAUUCGGAGUGUGGGCUGCAGUGUGACCAUCCCAACACCUCACCCCCUCCAUCCAAGGAAAUGGGAGGUGGAGCCUCCUGGCUGAGAAAUUGUUUUGCAAAUGGAUCUAUUUUUAUAUGAAAAAAAUUUUUUAAGAAAAAAUUACUUUGGUCCCCUUCCCCCUCCAAAAUAAAAGAGGCUUUGAUGGUAGGUUCAAGCAUUCCUGAACAUGGCCUAGGUGUUGGCCCCAUUGCUCAAGACUAAACCCUGAGGCCAAGGCAGACCCUUCCCUAGCAUCAGUUCUGGGGCAAGAGAAUUUCUCUGGUUGGGCUGGGCCACACCAUAGGGUAGCAAGAGCUCCAAUCCUGUGUUCUCAUGAAUGUAUUAUCAAGCCAAAUGUGCAGAUGCUAAGUGGAUGUUGAGAAGUGGGCACAGGGUUGCCCACCCCCCAACCACCACCACUGUGUAAGCAAUGAGUCAGACUGGGUGGCCCAGACCUCAGUAAGCUCGGAGUCAGCUCUGGCUUAGGGUCACUUUCUUGUCCUCCUUAGCCCCUUUGAGCUCCCCUCCAAGGCUCCAGAGAAGGAAUGAUCCUGUCCAGGCUUGACCCAGAAUUAGAGUCGCCAGAGCAUGGGGCUUAGGGAAUGCCGAGGCUGGUACCGGGGCCCUUGUGGCAGGGAGGAUGGUCUGGGUGGCCAGAGCUGUGUCUGAAGGAGCAGGGCAGCUCCGGCUACUCUCUGAGAAGACUGGUACAGGGCCUGCUCCUUACCUGAGCCGCCUCCUUGCUAGCUGACAUCUGGGGCUUUGACCUUUUCUUUUUUAAUCACUUUUGCUAAAAUGCAUUUAAUUAAAAAUUUUUUAAGUAGAGGGGACAAAAUGCAAACCCUUUGCCUCCUGGGCUUCUGGGAUGCCCUCACCUCCAGUUUGAUGGGUUUGUUUCCAACUGUCAAUAAAGCAUUGAAACAGA